AUGGAGGUGGUGCCAGCUGAGAUGAAUAGUUUGCUUCCAGAGGAAAUAAUGGACACUGGUAUAACAUUAGUGGAUGAUGAUAGUAUUGAGGCUGUUAUUGUUUCAUCCCCAAUUCCCAUGGAGACAGAACUGGAAGAAAUUGUCAACAUAAACUCUACUGGUGACUCUACGGCCACUCCCAUUUCCACGGAACCGAUCACAGUGUACAGUAACCACACUAACCAAGUUGCAGUGAAUACCACAGUUACUAAAGCAGAUUCUAAUACCACAACGAAACCAGCUUUUCCAAGUGGCCUUCAAAAACUUGGUGCUCAGACUCCUGUGACUAUAUCAACCAAUCAGAUUAUUUUAAACAAAGUAUCACAGACAUCUGAUCUUAAACUUGGCAAUCAGACCCUAAAACCAGAUGGACAGAAGUUAAUUUUAACAACUUUGGGCAAGUCUGGUUCACCAAUUGUUUUAGCACUACCCCAUAGCCAACUACCCCAGGCUCAGAAAGUUACAACGCAGGCCCAGUCAGGAGAUGCCAAGCUACCACCACAACAAAUUAAAGUAGUUACCAUUGGAGGGAGGCCAGAGGUGAAACCUGUCAUUGGUGUCUCAGCAUUGACGCCAGGAAGUCAACUGAUUAAUACUACAACUCAGCCCUCUGUGGUACAGACCCAGCAGUUAAAAACUGUACAGAUUGCUAAGAAGCCUCGAACACCAACUUCUGGUCCAGUAAUAACGAAGUUGAUCUUUGCAAAACCAAUUAAUAGUAAAGCUGUUACAGGACAGACAACUCAAGUAUCACCACCAGUUAUUGCAGGUAGGGUUCUUUCACAGUCUACUCCUGGGACUCCAUCAAAGACCAUAACAAUAUCCGAAAGUGGUGUUAUUGGAUCAACUUUAAAUUCUACAACACAGACACCAAAUAAAAUAGCCAUCUCACCUUUGAAAUCGCCAAAUAAGGCAGUGAAAUCAUCUGUGCAGACCAUCACUGUUGGCGGCGUGAGCACAUCACAGUUUAAGACAAUUAUUCCUCUGGCAACUGCUCCCAAUGUCCAGCAGAUUCAAGUGCCUGGAAGCAAGUUUCAUUAUGUUCGACUUGUUACUGCCACAACAGCCAGUAGCUCCACCCAGCCAGUUAGUCAGAACCCCAGUACAAACACUCAGCCUCUUCAGCAAGCAAAACCAGUGGUGGUUAAUGCAACGCCAGUGCGGAUGUCAGUUCCAAUUGUCCCAGCACAAACUGUCAAACAAGUUGUUCCAAAACCGAUCAAUCCAACUUCACAAAUAGUUACGACUAGCCAGCCACAGCAGCGACUUAUUAUGCCUGCCACACCACUGCCACAAAUCCAGCCAAACCUCACCAACCUUCCACCAGGCACCGUCCUAGCACCAGCUCCGGGAACAGGGAAUGUGGGCUACGCAGUCCUUCCAGCUCAGUAUGUUACUCAGCUGCAGCAGUCAUCCUACGUGUCUAUAGCAAGCAACUCCAACUUCACUGGAACAUCUGGUAUCCAGACCCAGGCAAGACUUCCAUUCAAUGGCAUAAUCCCAUCGGAGUCUGCCAGUCGGCCAAGAAAGCCCUGUAACUGUACAAAAUCGCUGUGUUUAAAAUUAUACUGUGAUUGCUUUGCAAAUGGUGAAUUUUGCAACAAUUGCAAUUGCACUAAUUGUUACAAUAAUUUGGAACAUGAAAAUGAAAGGCAAAAAGCUAUAAAGGCUUGUCUUGACAGAAAUCCAGAAGCUUUUAAGCCUAAAAUAGGUAAAGGAAAGGAAGGGGAAUCAGAUCGACGUCAUAGCAAAGGAUGUAAUUGCAAACGAUCAGGAUGUCUGAAGAACUACUGUGAAUGCUAUGAGGCAAAGAUAAUGUGUUCCUCAAUAUGCAAAUGUAUUGGUUGUAAGAAUUUUGAAGAAAGCCCAGAAAGAAAGACUUUGAUGCACUUGGCAGAUGCAGCUGAAGUAAGAGUACAACAGCAAACAGCAGCAAAGACAAAGCUCUCCUCUCAAAUUUCAGACCUGCUUACUAGGCCUACCCCGGCUUUGAAUAGUGGAGGAGGAAAUUUUAUAAAGACGACUGCCCCCUCCCUGGACGUUACGCACGUCGCAGUGCGUCACGCGGACGCCGUGACCGACCACGCCACACUGACCACGCACUGCGGGGCCGGCCCCACUUCCCUGCCAGGCCCUACUGUCAAUGAAGACUUUCUAGAGAGUGCUGGCGCUCGCGCUGGUGGAAGGAGAGGCCGCGCUCCCUGCUCGGCACGGUGUCGCGGAGACCAUAUAAAGGGCUUGGUUGACUGUAAGCGUGAGACCCCGGAGGAGCAGGACAUUCUACUGAAAUUCUGGCCACCACCCUGCGCGGCAGCCCUUGGUCCCCAGGCUGGCGUCAGCCCACGGGCGACGCUUCCCCCGCCCCCUCCGUGCGUGCCGGCUCUUCAUCCCACCCCCCCCCCACCCCCCCCAGGGCGCGCCAGCUCGCAGCGCCGCGCCCGGAAGUGCAGCGGCGGGCUGCGCGAAGGAGCGGGCGGGGCGAGGCGUAGCUCCCGGAAGCGUCGGCUGGCCGGCCGGGCGGGGCUGCGGCUGCCACGUUGGAGCGGAACGUGGAGGUGGCCCCGGGCCGGGGAGGAGGGGCAGCUGCCAGUGCUGGGCCAGUUGACGGGUGCCGCGCUAACUCGAGAACCGGUCGCCGAGGGUCCCCGCCAGGUAAAUCUGCCUCUUGUCCCAGCCCUAGGCCUCGAGGCCGAUGAGCGCUCACACCUCGUCCGCAGCCUCGUCCCCUUCUGGCCCCUGCCGACCCGAGGCCCGGUCCCUGUGGCGGCGCGCCUCUGGUCUCCCUUUGGGCCCCGGUCCGACAGCGGCUGGCGUCAGCACUGGUUCGGGGAUCGCGCCUGUCCGCCGAUGUUUCCUUGGCGACCCAGGAGUUCCCAGAGGCUUACGAUGGGGUGUCUUGCCAGGAAGUCUCAGCCAAACAGGUUCCUGGGGUCUGAGAUUAAGAGACCUUCGGACUCUUGUGCACAAAGAGGUGCGGUCCCCAAGGGCGGAGGAAGAAAACAAACCUCUGGGUUACUUUGGCUGACUCUAGUGUGA